CCGAGUCAAGGAUGCGUCAGUGGGUCAACAAGCGCAACACGCUUUUCUCUUCGAUUGUUUUGGUUUUGUUCUCUCUCUCUCUCCGUAUCAACAAGACUAUUUUCUUCUCUUACGCUAGCACCUCUCAAUCUCAUUUCCCAACGCCACCAACCCAUUCUCCUUUUUUCCAGAAAGAUCACAACUUUGCUUCCAGACUCCCUCUUUUUUAUUCCUCUUUCAUGGGCAGUUCUUGUGAUCCAGAACCAUAGCCAUGGACAAGGACAAGGACAAGGACAAGUCUCAUAGUCACAGUUUUCUUCACAGUAUCGUCAAACACUUCAAAUUCGGUUCCAGUAAAGGACUCUGUUUGUUUCUGCUCUGUUGUUUUUCUAUCAGAGCGAGACAAUGAAGCUGAUAUACAGAAAAUGGCUGCACAGGAGCAGAAGAUCUUCGCCUACGAAACCUUGGCUGCUGCCACAAAAAACUUUAGUGCUAUUCAUAAGCUAGGCGAGGGAGGUUUUGGACCUGUUUACAAGGGGAAGCUGAAUGAUGGGAGAGAGAUUGCUGUGAAGAAGCUAUCACACACUUCAAAUCAAGGGAAGAAGGAGUUCAUGAAUGAGGCCAAGUUGUUGGCUCGUGUGCAGCAUCGGAAUGUGGUCAAUUUGGUGGGCUAUUGUGUCCAUGGCACCGAGAAACUACUUGUUUAUGAGUACGUUGCUCAUGAGAGCCUUGACAAGCUUCUAUUCAAAUCACACAAGAGAGAAGAACUUGAUUGGAAACGUAGGUUUGGCAUAAUCACAGGCGUGGCAAAGGGGUUGCUUUAUCUUCACGAAGACUCACACAAUUGCAUCAUCCAUCGCGACAUAAAGGCGAGUAACAUCUUGCUUGAUGACAAAUGGACGCCCAAGAUUGCAGAUUUUGGCAUGGCCCGUCUCUUCCCCGAAGAUCAGAGCCAGGUCAAUACACGUGUGGCGGGAACCAAUGGGUACAUGGCUCCGGAAUAUGUUAUGCAUGGAAACCUAUCGGUGAAGGCAGACGUAUUUAGUUAUGGAGUUUUGGUAUUGGAGUUGAUCAGCGGCCAACGAAACUCGUCUUUCAAUUUGGAUGUGGACGCGCAGAAUCUCCUUGAUUGGGCAUACAAGAUGUACAAAAAAGGGAAGAGCCUAGAAAUCGUGGAUUGUACGUUAGAAUGUAGAAUGGUAUCGGAGGAGGUAGCAAUGUGCAUUCAGCUAGGUCUGCUAUGCACCCAAGGCGAUCCACAGCUACGUCCCACAAUGAGGCGCGUGGUGGUAAUGCUGUCGAGGAAGCCAGGCCCAGGACACAUGUCAGAACCUACGAGACCGGGUGUACCUGGUUCAAGAUACAGAAGGCCUCGCAGACACUCUGCUUUGUCUUCCACCACAGUAGGUACCUCCGGUGCCUCCGAUUCACACACUUCCGAUUCAAGCAAUAAUUAUACCACCGUUACUACUACUACCACUGCUACAGUGACAACCUCCGUUACUGCAGAAACGGACCUAAAAGGGAAACGUCCAAUGCGAGAGGUUAGUGAGUUAGGUACUUAGUUACUGUUACUCUUUUUGCAAUCUAUGUGGUGUCAAGUGUGAACCAAGCAGAGUGUAGAUAUUGUGAGGUUAGAUUAGGUUAGGAGUCACCAUCGUCGGAGCUUGGCUUAACUGAAUUCUUAUUCUUUAAUUAACAUUGCAUUGAAUGCCCACAAAUUAUGUAAUCUCUCAUUUUUCAUCGUCCCACCAAAAUCAUUUUGCUAA